AUGCCGCUCCUCCGGUACCGGUGGGAGCGCUCGGUGCGGCUGGGCUUGGGGUGGGAGGGAGUAUGCUUCCGUUUCUGGACAGAAGGGGGGAAAAAAGUGUUAAAUAAGUCAAAUUACAUGAUGAUUGAAGAUAAUAAAGAGAAUGAACACCAUGCAUCUGAAAGAGGAAGAACAGCCAUCAUUUUUUCCUUGAAGAAUGAAGUUGGAGGACUUGUAAAAGCAUUAAAACUCUUUCAGGAGAAGCAUGUAAAUCUGGUACACAUUGAGUCACGGAAGUCCAGGAGACGAAAUUCUGAGUUUGAGAUCUUUGUGGACUGUGACAGUAACAGGGAACAACUGAAUGAGAUAUUUCAGGUCCUGAAAUCCCACGUCAAUGUUGUCUCUAUGAGUCUGACAGAGCAUUUCAAUGUCCAAGAAGAUGACAUGGACAAUGUUCCCUGGUUUCCAAAGAAGAUCUCAGAUUUGGAUAAGUGUGCAAACCGAGUGCUGAUGUACGGGUCCGAUUUGGAUGCUGACCAUCCAGGUUUCAAAGAUAAUGUCUAUCGCAAGAGACGAAAGUAUUUUGCAGACCUGGCUAUGAACUACAAACAUGGUGACCCAAUUCCCAAGAUUGAAUUCACAGAGGAGGAGAUCAAGACUUGGGGGACUGUGUACCGAGAGCUUAACAAGCUUUACCCAACUCAUGCCUGCAGAGAGUACCUUAAAAACUUACCCUUGCUUACCAAAUACUGUGGGUACAGGGAGGACAAUAUCCCUCAGCUGGAAGAUGUGUCCCGCUUCCUGAAAGAGCGCACGGGUUUCACCAUUCGCCCCGUUGCUGGAUAUCUGUCACCCAGAGACUUCUUGGCAGGAUUAGCAUUCAGAGUUUUUCACUGCACUCAAUAUGUUAGACACAGCUCGGACCCUCUCUAUACACCAGAGCCUGAUACCUGCCACGAGCUCCUAGGCCAUGUCCCGCUUUUGGCUGAACCCAGUUUUGCUCAGUUCUCUCAGGAAAUUGGUCUUGCAUCACUUGGGGCAUCAGAUGAGGCUGUCCAAAAACUGGCAACAUGUUACUUCUUCACUGUAGAGUUUGGCUUGUGCAAGCAAGAGGGACAGCUACGAGUUUAUGGGGCUGGCUUGCUCUCUUCGAUUAGUGAGCUCAAGCACUCACUCUCUGGCAGUGCCAAAGUCAAGCCUUUUGAUCCAAAGGUCACCUGCAAGCAAGAAUGCCUCAUUACAACUUUCCAGGAGGUUUACUUUGUUUCUGAAAGUUUUGAAGAAGCAAAGGAAAAGAUGAGAGAGUUUGCAAAAACCAUCAAGCGCCCAUUUGGUGUGAAGUACAAUCCAUAUACUCAAAGUGUGCAGAUCCUGAAAGACACGAAGAGCAUUGCCAGUGUGGUGAAUGAGCUACGUCAUGAGCUGGACAUUGUCAGCGAUGCCCUCAGCAAGAUGGGGAAGCAGCUGGAAUUUUAACAUCCCUGUCAGCAGUGUGGUGCACUUGGCCAGUCUUUUCUUUUCCCUACUGAUUUCUUUCUAGGCAUGUAAUGUGUUGUAUGCAGAACUCUCUCCUUUACAAAUGGAAGAGUGAAUGGCCCAUAAGGAUAAUAACUUUAUCUUGUUUCUCUGUGUGAAGUCCCCUGCAGAAUGUAUUCCUCCAUCCCCCUUGGAUAAAAAAGGCCUGGAGUUGCCUUUGAGAAGCUGGUGGGGCAAUAGAGAAAUUGCUAGACUGUGGAUCAGGGCUGGGAUCAGAUGCUGCAGAAGGUGGCUUAUGAGGCAAUAAUGGAAUAAUUCACCACAGGGAAAUGUCUGUUUCUGACUCUAGUAGUCUAUGCUACUGAUUUUAUAGCAUUGCACACUUCAUAGUGUAGAAGCUAUAGUAAUCAGUGCUUCUAAGUCUGUGCUACCAAGUUUAAAAAUUGAAUGAUUACAACAUAGGCAUCAGGACAUAAAUAGCUGGAGGUUCACCAUGAUGAAAUUGAGGGGUCAAAUCUUGCUUUUAGAGGGAUCAUUCUUGCCCCAAAGAAUUGCAAAUGUGCUGUUUGACAUGCUUUUAGUAUAAUGCAGAGAUGUUGCAUGAAAUCCUAAUUCUGUUUAUUUUAAGAGAUUUGCUGUCAGCUCAGAGGCAGGGUUUUUGUUGCUGUCCUUGAUAUUG